AUGGCAGUCGAAAGAAUCCACCAUCAAGAGAUCGAGCGUUUCUCGGUAGAAGGUGCCUAUGCUAAAGGUGACUUAGAAAGAAGGGACGUUCUGUCGAUUUCCAAAUUUAUCCUUGAAUCAACAAAGACCUCUACAACAAUAACUCAACGACAAUCCAACACCAAUCUCGCCAUCAUAUCUUUAAUAAA